AUGGAGAACGACCAGCCCGAGCCUGUGCUGCCGUCCUUUAAAGAGUUGAGAAAACGGGCCAGGUUCCAGGCCCCAGCACCCUCGGAUUUCUGGACCGAUUCCAGCGAGCCUGCCAUCUUCUCCAGCGACGAUGACCCGUCUGUCGACAACUAUGCAAAUGGCCGUCACAGGAAGAAGCGUAGGGCUGGUACAUGGUUCCAGCAGUCGCAGCUGCUGUCGUCAGAGGCCGGCCCUGUCCCGACCGCCACUGGCAUGCGCCAGGGUUUGAGGCGGGAGCUGGACAGUGGCGUCUGGCUUGCCAGCGACGACACCAUCGACGCCAACCCCAAGGGCGCGGGGCCUGUGCAUAUGGACCCGACUCAGCGUGUGAGCAAUGACUUCAACAGGGCGGCAAGCUUCCGCAAUGUCACCCCUGCGGAGGCCAAGGCGCAGAAGAUCAUUGAGAAAUGUAUUGAUGAGGGAGACGAGAAGAUUGACCUCAUGAACCUGGGGCUUGAUGAGCUCGCAUCGUCGACGGUGCAACCACUUGAGGGCUUCCAUCUGAUCCCGACUGUGGUCGAAGGUGUCCCCUUUGAGGGUGGGGAGCCCCGGUUGAAGCUGUUUCUCGGCGCCAACCGUCUGACCCGGAUACCCGCUGCUGUCUUCGAUCUGAGCUGUUUGACAGUCCUCAGUCUGCGGAACAACAAACUCGUAGAGCUCCCGCCAUGUAUUGCGCAGCUGCGGAACUUGGAGUACCUUAACCUAUCUUUCAACAACCUGCGCUGGCUCCCCCGAGAGCUACUUGACCUCAUGAUGCCCAGAGACAACCUGGACAACUUCAAGCUUCAUCCCAACCCUUUCUGCAAGCCCGAGAUGAUUCGAUCAGCCAACCGGGAGGGCUUGCUCGGCUCGGCUCACACAAGACAGCAAAGAGGGUUCGAGCUUCAAGGACCAUCUUCGGCUCGCCGUCGGGAGAAUCCUUGGGGCGAUCACGGCGGGGAGUGUUCGGUGUGGACGGCCUGCCCGGUUGAUGAAGAAUGGGAGAAGCAUUUUCAGCUGAAGCGCGCUGGUGCCUGUCAUGCCGCCCGUUCCCCAGUUCAGUACAUUGAUAACACUGGCCUCAACACGUCAUCCUUUGAUCUCGACGAUGGCGACGGGCUCCCGACGGAGAACAUGUUUGCCGAGCCGGCCGGCCCGCCGUCGGCACGGCUAGCCCAGGUUGACGAUAGUUCGCCAGCGCUCCCGGCACCGGACUGCCCCGCCGGGCCCCGCGGGCUGUUAGAGCUGUCCCUACAGGCCUGCAGAAGGGCUGUAGCUGCCAACGCCGACCUGCGGUCACUGAUGCCUGCGACCACACCGGAGCAUCUGCUCCGGGUCCUUGCCCUCGCGGAGGAGCGUGGCGAGGCUGACAGCUAUCGCUGCGCCCGUCCUGGGUGCAAAGGCCGUAGCAUGGUGGUUCCGAGGACGCAGUGGGUUGAGUGGUGGUACUUGGGCGAGUACACGGCCCAAAGGGGCUCGGUCUCUACGUCCGGGGAGCCGGAGCCGCGGCUUUUGACGUUUCGUGCAGCUGAUCGCGAUCCGGUGCCGUUCAUUUCGCGGGGCUGCUCGUGGUCCUGCAUACCCUCGGUGCCCGAAAAACGGCUGCCAAUGGGAAACGGGGAUCGUGGCACGACGUUUCUUGUCAGGCCGCAUUAG